AUGCUGCCGCUGCGGAGCGAGCUGGGCCCGGCGGCCGCGGGGGUCCCGCCGCCCAGCCGGCCCCGGGCGGAGCUCAGCCGCUGCAGCGCGCGUUCCGCCGCCUCCUGCGGCGCGACUGUCCCCACGUCUGUUUGUGAGCACUCUGUGCACCAGGAAAGAGAUGCUAGUUACGGAACAAACACACCGGAUGAUUCAGAGGGGAGUGAGAGUGAGAAGGAGGGUGAUGAAGAUAGCGAGAGGGAGGAAGAGUGGGAUACUGACCUUGAAAUAGAAGAUCUAAGGCCACCUCAUUCAUUGUGUGAGUUAUAUGAAACCAAGGAACCUUUUGACCCAACUGGAAAGACCAGAUAUAUAGCAGCCUGCCAACUAUAUGGAGUGGUGCCCACAUCCUAUUUCCUGCGUCACAUGAAGGACACUGAACUGAUUAUGAAGCACCAUGGGCUUGGCCCACAGGGUGCCAAAGCUUUAUCUCUUGCCUUGAUGACUAACACCUCCAUUGUAAAGUUAAACCUGAGUGAUAAUUGUCUGAAUGGAGACGGGGCAGCUGCAGUUGCAGAGAUGUUAAAAGAAAACUGUUACAUUUCAGAUGUUGAUUUAUCUGACAACAGACUUGGAGUUAAAGGAGCCGAGGCCCUUUCUGCUAUGCUUCUGGAGAAUACGACAGUUGUUACCCUUAAACUUUCAGGAAAUGAGUUUAAUGACCAUGCAGCUAAGUACCUAGCCGAUGCCCUCCCGGCUAACAAUAAAAUGGAAUCUCUGGAUCUGAGUCACAACAUGCUCGCUGACACAUCAGGUGAGCUUCUUGGAAUGGCCAUAGCAGAAAACACUGGGCUAAAGGAGCUUAACAUCAGCUGGAACUACUUCCGUAGCCAAGGAGCAGCUGCCUUAGCCAGAGGCUUCGAGGCAAACGUAUUCCUCAGAGUUCUGGACCUUUCCUACAAUGGCUUCAGUAACAAUGGCGCAGCUGCCCUGGGGGAGGCCCUUAAAGUCAACAAUGUGCUGGAGGAGCUCAACAUUAGCAAUAACCGCAUUUCACUGGAAGGAGCUCUGCGCUUUGCAGUAGGCCUGAAAGAAAACCGGACUCUGAAGAGCCUUAAUAUGGCCAGAAAUCCCAUGCAGAGUGAAGGCUGCUUUGGGAUUCUCAAAUCUAUACAAGCAAAUUCCGGGGCCGUGGUAGAAAUCCUGGACUUCUCAGAGAUCCCUGUGAACAAAGACUUUGCAGACCUGUGUGAUGCUGUGAAAAUGCUUUUCCCAAAUCUUCAGAUCAGACAUGGUGGAAAUGCAACACUGCACAAAAAAGACCAACCAAAGGUUUCCCAGGAAUUUUCGUAACACUACAUGUGCUCAGUGGAAUCAAAGGUCUUCCUUUUAUUUGUGACUGGAACUGGAUGAGCCUUGGACACCCCAAAAUAUGUGACCCUUUGAUUAUUCCUUCAUUUGAUCUAUCUUACAUUGAAUGGUGGGGGCAGUUACCAUCUAUAAAUUGCCCCUCCCCAGUCCCCAAACAAUGACAUUUUCUCCAAGAGGCACCUUGUUGAAUGUGCCAAAGUAUGAGACUGCCCCUACCAUUGUCCUGGUAAAACAGGUUCUUGAUAUUCUGUAUUUUGUUGAAGCUUCACUAUUGGUACAGAAUGAAUGUGUUUGUCUUGUUCAGUGUUGUGGGGAAAUCUGGUUGUAUCAUCUGUGCCAUGGGGAGGAUAGCUCAGUAGUUUGAGCAUUGGCCUGCUAAACCCAGGGUUGUGAGUUCAAUCCUUGAGUGGGCCAUUUAGGGAAUUGGGGUAAAAAUCUGUCUGGGGAUUGGUUCUGCUCUGAGCAGGGGGUUGGACUAGAUAACCUCCUGACGUCCCUUCCAACCCUGAGAUUCUCUGAGAUUUUGUUUACUAUCACUUUUCAGCAAAUAAUGAUAUUUUUAAAUAAGCGAUAUAACUGCUUGAUAAAAUUCUGUGUAGCUAAAUGAAAUUUGUCCUGUAAUUGUGAGAAUGGUUUCAGAUUUUUAUAUCUAAUAAAUAUUUACUGUCAUUUAAACUCA